AUGACCGACAAGCCCAGAAAGUGGGAGCCGGCUCGUCGCCAGAGUCGCCGUGUGCUCUCGUCGUUAGGUCUCAGGUCGUCACCUGGUCAACAAUCCCCCAGUGCCGAAAAUCGCGCCACGCGCCCACACACCGCCGCGGCUGGUAUUCUGGCUGCAUUGAACUAUGCCUCCGAGUCCAGACCGGUCACCAUCCCUGAGAUCGAGUCUAUUUCUCCUCCGGCGCCUGCGUCGGCAUCUGGACCGGCUUCAUCUUCAGCUGCGGCGUCAGAGCCUGUAGUUGCCACUGCUACUGCUGCUGAUGCUUCCUCUACUGGUCCGAGUAUCAGCGCUACUACAUUGUUCUCGGCUGCGGCGUUAGAGCCUGAAGUUGCUGCCAAUUCUGCUGCUGAUGCUUCGACUGCUGGUGCCUCUACUGGCCCGAGUGUCAGCGAUGCUGUGUCUUCUUCCAGUGCGCCUCUUAUUACUAGUUUGCUAUCUUUGCCUUACUUUGCUACUUCUGUUUCUGAAUCUUCUGUUCCUGCUUCGUUCCCGGCCAUUGUAUCAUCAGAGAGAGGAGCUGUUGUUGUUUCCUCAAGUGCACCUGCACCUGCGUCUGUUUCUACUCCGGUGGCGGGUUUCUCAUUCGACUCUUCUGCUUCUAGCAUGUUAGACAGUCCUGUUGUCGCUUCUUCGUCGGUAGCUUCUAUCCCUGUCCGUUACCGUGCCCGUGCUCGUGCUCGUGCUCGUGCCCCUACUAUUUCUCCCUCACACCCCAGUACCAAUGUUCCCCUUCCUACUACCACCCCUACCCCCCAGCUCAUAACCUCGUCCGCAAGCGCAAGCGCACCCGUUCCCCUCCAACAUAUCAACCCCUUCUACCGUCCCAGACAGCGUUCCUUUUCGUUCUACGACGCAAGUACUUCCGAAGACGCGUCGCUUCCCCAGAACCGCCAUCUCGUCCAGAGCCAGAUCCACGGUGGAAUCGGAUCUUCGCGGUACGUCGCUGCAAUCAGGGACGCGGCGCUGGGUGUGUCGUCUGGUGAGGACUCGGACUCCGAGAAGGUGUCUGGAGAUGAAGAUUCCGAGGAUGAGACUGACAGGAGAAGGCUCCGAGCCCGAGUUUCUGAGCGUGAGGGUGAAGGUGGAGGUGUGUCUGUGAGCAGAGGUCCGCUUUUUGUUUCCAGAGCGAGGACUACGCCUACUGGUGCGGCUGUUGUGGCUUUUACUGCGUCUUCGUUUUCGCCUUCGCCUUCGCCGGCUGGCGUGUUGGCUGAGGCUUCGGCUGCUGCAGAGGCGGCGGUGGCUGCGUCGGCUGCAUCUGCGUCUACGUCUGUGGCUUUGUCUUCGCCUCCGCAGAUCCAGGUGAGGGCUUCUACUGGGGCGCAUACAAGUUCUUCUUACCCGUUCCGCGCUGAAGAUCUUAAUGCUGCAUACAGGCGUGCAUCUGCCGGUGCCGGAUUCAAUGAAUCCAUUGAUUCCCAUGUGCACUCGUACGUCCCCGGUGGAGGUGAAUCGCCGGUGAAAGGCAUUUUGAAGAGACGCUAUGCGACACCGUCCAAGAGUCCAUCCUCACGUGAGAAGAGAGUGAGCUUUAUAGAAGGUUGCAGAGUUGGUGAUGAUGAGGUGGACGUGUUUGGAAAUGACAAUGAGCAUUUGCCCAGGGACGUUGUUGAGUUUGUAGGAAGGUUGGUUGAGGAGGAAGAUGAAGGUGAGGGUGAGGGUGAGGGCGGUGUUCCGGUGACUGUUACUACUACUCCUGAUGCGAGUGCUGUUGAUCCCACUGUCUCUAGUUCCGAGGAUUGUGGUGAUGAUGUUCCUGCCAAGUCCAAGGACGGUGUGAACUGA